CUGAACGGUUAGAAGAUAUUUCUUGAUUUUGAAACGAGAUCCCUUAAUGAAAACAAAGCACUGCGGGCUCGAGAUGGAGUUUUCCUGGGCAAGCGGCCAGGAAUCCAAGCGUCUGCUGCUCUCACUUCUAUUCCUCGCAGCCUGGAGGGCGGGGAGUGGCCAGGUCCACUACUCGGUCCCGGAGGAGGCCAAACACGGCACCUUCGUAGGACGCAUCGCUCAGGACUUGGGGCUGGAGCUGGCGGAGCUGGUGCCACGCCUGUUCCGGGUGGCGUCCAAAGGCCAGGGGGACCUUCUGGAGGUAAAUCUGCAGAAUGGCAUUUUGUUUGUGAAUUCUCGCAUCGACCGCGAGGAGCUUUGCGGGCGGAACCUGGAGUGCAGCAUCCAUCUGGAGGUGAUCGUGGACAGGCCGCUGCAGGUUUUCCAUGUGGAGGUGGAGGUGAAGGACAUUAAUGACAAUCCUCCUGUGUUCCCCGGAACACAAAAGAAUCUAUUUAUGGCGGAAUCCAGGCCUAUUGACACUCGGUUUCCACUAGAGGGCGCAUCGGAUGCAGAUAUCCGGGCCAACGCUAUGCUGACCUACACACUGAGCCCCAAUGAAUAUUUCUCGCUGGAAAAGCCGUCCGAUGACGAGCGGGUAAAACGUCUUGGACUACUACUAAGGAAAUCUUUAGACAGGGAAGAAGCUCCAGAAAUUUUUUUAGUGCUCACAGCCACUGAUGGCGGCAAACCUGAGCUGACUGGAACCGUUCAGUUACUCAUCAAAGUGCUGGACGCCAAUGACAAUGCCCCAGCUUUUGACAGAACACUCUAUGAGGUGAAAGUACAAGAAAAUGUUUCUAAUGGAACGUUGGUAAUGAAACUAAACGCCUCAGAUUUAGAUGAAGGCUCGAAUGCAGACAUUAUUUAUUCAUUCUCAACUGAUAUUUUACCAAAUGUAGAAUCCAAGUUUCACAUAGAUCCAAUUACUGGAGAAAUUAUGGUAAAGGGAUAUAUCGAUUUUGAAGAAAGCAAAUCCUAUGAAAUUCUUGUAGAGGGUAUUGAUAAAGGACAGCCCCCACUCUCUGGCCAUUGUACAGUUAUGGUGGAAGUCGAGGACACCAACGAUAAUGUUCCAGUAAUGGAAUUCAAGUCCCUGUCACUCCCAAUCAGAGAAGACGCUCCACUAGGCACGGUCAUCGCCUUGAUCAGCGUGCAUGACCUCGAUUCUGGUGCCAACGGGCAGGUGACCUGCACCCUGUCACCCCAUGUCCCCUUCAAGCUGGUGGCCACUUUCAAGAAUUACUAUUCGCUGGUGCUGGACAGCGCCCUGGACCGCGAGAGCGUGUCGGACUAUGCUGUAGUGGUGACCGCACGGGACGGGGGCUCGCCUUCGCUGUCGGCCACGGCCAGCGUGUCCGUGGAAGUGGCCGACGUGAACGACAACGCGCCGACAUUCGCGCAGGCCGAGUACACGGUGUUCGUGAAGGAGAACAACCCUCCCGGCUGCCACAUCUUCACGGUGUCCGCGCGGGACGCGGACGCGCAGGAGAACGCGCUGGUGUCCUACUCGCUGGUGGAGCGGCGGGUGGGCGAGCGUGCGCUGUCGAGCUACGUGUCGGUGCACGCGGAGAGCGGCAAGGUGUACGCGCUGCAGCCGCUGGACCACGAGGAGCUGGAGCUGCUGCAGUUCCAAGUGAGCGCGCGCGACGCGGGCGUGCCCCCGCUGGGCAGCAACGUGACGCUGCAGGUGUUCGUGCUGGACGAGAACGACAACGCGCCCGCGCUGCUGCCGCUGCCUGGGGCGGGCGGCGCGGGCGGCGCCGUGAGCGAGCUGGUGUGGCGGUCGGUGGGCGCGGGCCACGUGGUGGCGAAGGUGCGCGCGGUGGACGCGGACUCGGGCUACAACGCGUGGCUGUCGUACGAGCUGCAGCCGGCGGCGGGUGGCGCGCGCAGCCCGUUCCGCGUGGCGCUGUACACGGGCGAGAUCAGCACGACGCGCAGCCUGGACGAGGCGGACUCGCCGCGCCAGCGCCUGCUGGUGCUGGUGAGGGACCACGGCGAGCCGGCGCUGACGGCCACGGCCACCGUGCUGCUGUCGCUGGUGGAGAGCGGCCAGGCGCCCAAGGCCUCGUCGCGGGUGUUGGCGGGCGCCGCUGGCGCGGAGACGGCGCUGGUGGAUGUCAACGUGUACCUGAUCAUCGCCAUCUGCGCGGUGUCCAGCCUGCUGGUGCUCACGCUGCUGCUGUACGUGGCGCUGCGGUGCUCGGCGCCGCCCAGCGAGGGCGCGUGCGGGCCGGCGGGGAAGCCCACGCUGGUGUGUUCCAGCGCGGUGGGGAGCUGGUCGUACUCGCAGCAGAGGCGGCAGAGGGUGUGCUCUGGGGAGGGUCCGCCCAAGACCGACCUCAUGGCCUUUAGUCCCAGUGUACCUGACUCUAGGGACAGAGAGGAUCUGCAGCCAGCAACUGGAGAUUCCCUUUCAAAGGCCUUCCCGGGGAUUGUGACUCAGGCUUCUGACCAGAUGCUGCUUCUGUCUGGCCCCCUGCGCUUAAGGUUACUCUCCGUCUGGGAUCGUGUUGUCUAUGGAAUUAAGAGCAGGGAGUCUAUAACUAUUGAGAACUUAACCACCCGAAAGAGAUGA